UUGACCAAUCGGUGGUGUUCCGGGACGAGGUGACCUGUCCAGGUGAGGGUCGUGUGACCCUUCUAAGAACUCCUCCCAGCGCCCUCUGCCAGUCAGAGCGCAACACUAUCACCCCAUAAGUCCCAGCACCAGGGCAGAAGAGGCCAUCUUUUACCAAGGACGCGUGCUUUAGAAAUCGUGGAAGCAUGGACUCCUUCACCACCCCGUGAGUACUUUGGACUUUGUGUUAGCCCCGAGGGCCUUUGGACUUGUGUGGAGAAAGCGCUACAUGAGCGACAGUUCCCACAAGGGACCUUUGACUCAGCCAUUGAUGGAUACGCUGGAACCCGAAACCCAAACUCUCGUGAGGCACACCGAUGAGUGUGAUGGCCUCUCAUUUUCCACCCCCCUAGAGGUGGAAGGUGAACGCAGCUCAGGGGAAUCAUCGGAGGACAAGGUGAACGGAAAAGACAUUGCUCAGCUUGACGAUGCCUUUCUAGAGGACCCAGAGGCCCUGGACAGCAUUGCAUCAAGCAGCGAAGAUGAACCGGGCUCUCCUUGUUUUUGCUCAAUGCCGGUACAAAUUGUUGAAGAGGACUCCAAGGAUGACGGCUAUGAGGAGUUUAGGAGACUUGGCAUGGAAAUAACUGAGCCAAGGCCACGUCGUGAGCGUAAAAAAGUCACACGGACUAUUGUACGCGUUGCUGUUUAUGCUGUCCUUAAUCAGUGCCUUAGGGAAAAGCUUUUUGAAGAUUGUGAGGGCUGUGUGAUAGAUGCGGCAGCCCAACGGCACCAUGACUGUGUGACUUGGACUUCAGUAGAUCUAAACUUCAAGCUCCGGCGCCUGUGUGCUGAGUUAUGUUUGGAAAGCUUAUUAAACGCUGUUCUUGCCAUAGGUUAUGCUCUGCAAUGUCUGUGCUUACCCAAGAACAUUUAGCGUAAGGGGUGACCUUGAUAAAUGCUGUGCAAUUUAGUGCAGACCCUGGCCGUGUUUUAAAGAAAAUGACCAAACCGGAAGAUGCCUGUGUCACAUUCUUGACUUGAACUGGGACCGUAUAGAAUAUGAUUGCAACCAAGGUCCUGUAGUGGCACCAAAUCUUCU